GCAACUGUCAAAAUGAUUUCAUAACAGUGAUUUGUUGGGUGGCACAGUUUGCCGAAAAAAUAAUAAACUGAGCAUGUUCCAGUAGAAGGGAGACAGUGUGGAUGAUCUGAAUAGCCGCAUCGAUUUACAGAGAUGACCGAAAGCAGGGUACUUACGGAAGACGUGGACAUUGAUCCACCAUCGGAACGGUCUGUCGUCAUUUUUGGACGAGAUGUUAGCACGAUCCCGUGCUUUCGGAACAGCUACCUGUACGGAAUCAGCAUCGGUAUAGGGGUUGGAUUUUUGGCAUUUCUAAAAACCUCACGCCCCCAACUGUCCACGCACAUCGGGUUCGGCACGUUCAUGGCAACGACGCUCGGCUAUUGGUUCCCGUGUCGCUACAACUGGUCCAAGCAAAAGUUCGACGCAGCUCAGCUGCAACAGGCACUGCAGCAGCAGGCGCUUUACGAGGGCACCGAAAAGGAACGGGAGCUAGCGAUGAAGACGGAACAAGCCUAAAAAGGGCCUGGCACCGUUGCGCGUAGUAGUUGCAAGGGCGUUGUGUACAUUAUUAUCUUAAGAAACGAUAAAGAAACGCGUGUUACCCGUAA